AUGAACAACUCUCUCUCUCUCACACAUCUCAACGUCACCCCGACCUGCAUGAAACAAAUCGCCAACUUCACGCCCGCAGCUGUUGGUCAGAUAUGCUCGACCGCUUCGCUGUCGCAUAAUCUCGAGCAGUGCGUGAGGUUGGUGGCCAAGGCCGCCGUCGGUGGCGCAAAGGUCCUCUUCCUCCCCGAAGCCUCGGACUACAUCGCCUCGAGCCCGCAGGAAUCCCUCUCGCUCGCCCUCCCGCAGUCCACCUCACCCUUCGUCCUCGGCCUCCAAGAACAGGCAAAGAAACACAACCUCGCCAUCAACGUCGGCAUCCACGUCCCGGCGCCAGCCACCGCCGACUCCCCGACACCCGCAAAGCUCCUCAACCGCAGCCUCUGGAUCGACGCGGACGGCACCAUCAACCACGCCGCGACCUACGACAAGCUCCACCUCUUCGACUACGGGCCCCUCCGCGAGAGCGCGACGGUCCAGCCCGGGACCCGCCUCACGCCGCCGUUCCCCACCCCGGUCGGCCGCGUCGGCAGCCUCAUCUGCUUCGACCUCCGGUUCCCGGAGCCCGCGGUGGCCCUCGCGCACCCGGCGGCGUCGGCCCGCAGCCCGUUCCUCCCGGAGAACGGCGGGGCCGGCGCCGCGCAGGUGCUGCUGUACCCGUCGGCCUUCACGCCCAAGACGGGCGCGGCGCACUGGGAGACGCUGCUCCGGGCGCGGGCCGUCGAGACGCAGAGCUGGGUCGUCGCGGCGGCGCAGGUCGGCGCGCACAACGCGAGGCGCAGCAGCUACGGGCACAGCAUGGUCGUCGACCCGUGGGGGACCGUCAGGCUCGAGCUCGGCGGUGUGGACGCCGAGGGCAGGGCGGAGGAGGGCGCCGAGGGGGCGGUCGGGUUCGUCGACGUGGACUUGGAUGAGUGGUCGAGGGUCCGGGAGGGCAUGCCGUUGGUGAGACGCACGUGA